AUGCACUGUCACAAUCGUUUUCACUCACUCGCUCAGAGCAAAGAAAACAUUUGCUCUGCAUCUUCGUACCGCGCGCAACAUCCUCUUAGUCCCCCGCUUUGUUUUUUUUUAGAACCGACCGCUCCUGCGAGAGCUGCUGGAGGAGAGAAGCAGCGUUUCUACUACGCCGCGCACGCGAAUGGCAGACCCUGGCUCGCGUGGCUUUCUUCCUCCACAUGGGUUCGCAUGGGCGCCUGUCCGCCCUCGUACAUGGGCGAGUUUUUUUGCAAGAAGAGGGCCGGGUGCUUUCGCCCGCGACGACCUGGGGCCUUGUGCCGUCGCCAGGUCUCCGGGGUCACUCCUUGUCGCCUUCUUCAGGCAGCCCUCGAAACAGAGAGCGUCUUUUCUGCCGCGCCGUCACGAAGCAGACUAUUCGCCAGGGCAGGGAGACGGGAGUCUUUGGAGUGCGGAAGCUUUCGAGGCUCGGAGGCUUUGGAAACAGCCGUCGAGGCGCCCACUGUCGACACAGAAGCCCUGACCGGUUCAACGCCACGCCUCCUUGGGGUCGCCGGCGGCUCACGCGAGGGGAAGGUGGUUGGCCUCCGGCAUUCAGCCAGCGAUGAGGAAGAUGCGCAGGCGGAAUCGUGCGGCGGCGAUGAGCCAGAGCGCGGAAGGGUCAGUGGCGCACUUGGCGCCGCCGCGUCGAGCUCUGCUGCUUCUCCAGGGGCGGCCCCCUGCAGGGCUGGGAUCGGCGGGGGCGAAAGGCGCGCUGCAGAGGUUGCGGCUCCCCUGGAGUCGGAUGCGCCGCGGCCGCCGGCGGCGUACCACACACACGUCCCCGUGAUGCUCGAGGAAGUUCUGCAGUACCUCGUCACCGCGAAAAACGGGGUCUACGUAGACUGCACUGCAGGAGGCGGCGGUCACACUGCCGCCGUCUGGGAGAGAGUGGCGCCCGAGGGCGGUAAGGUGCUGGCGAUCGAUAUGGACGCAGAAGCGGUGAGCGCCACGCGAGAGCGCAUGCAGCGGCUGUACCAGGCUGCGGGAGACGGGCGCCAGUCGCGUCGGGCGAAUCUCGGCGAGCGCGAAGCUCUCGAGAAGGAGGCUGAACCACAGGAGGGGCGGGGCGGUGCCUCCGUCUGCGUUUCCACGGGGGAGACCUGGACCCGCGAAGCAAAAGUCCUGGAAAAAACAGACGUGGCGACGGUGGGGUCACAGCAUGCAUCAGAUGCCCCUGGCACUCGUCCCGCUUCUGCACAGCCUCUUGCCGCAGUUGUCUUGCAGAGUUCGUUCGCGAAUCUUCCGGAGGCCCUUGGAAGGGCGAGGGGCAUCUGGGACGCGGGCGGAAUCGAGAAAUCGUUUUUGAGACGGGUGUCGAAUCCGCAAGGCGAACGCAUCAAGAAAAACUCCGCCGGCAGUUCACAGCCGGCAGAGGGAGACAAGACAGCAGACUGCGGCGCCCGCGCAGGCCAGUCCGUGGAGACCGGGGCGGACAGGAGCUGUUGCACGCUCGACGGGAGACAGGAGUCCAAAGGGGAUUCCCCGCCCGGAAUCGCAGAGCCAAAGCGCGGGGCUCGUGAAGCCGGAGCCGCGCUUGCGGCUGACGUGUACGAAGGCCUCCGAGGCACUGUGGACGGGAUUCUCGCCGACCUAGGUGUCUCGACGCAUCAGCUCAGCGCGGCACAUAGAGGUUUUUCGCAUACUCUGGCAGGGCCGCUCGAUAUGCGUUUUGGCCAGACGCCUUCGGAUUCGUUCACCGAAUCCGCAGAUGCAUCCGCCUCUGGUUUUCCGCGCUCCGCGAUCGAUGCUGGCACCGCGCCGCAUGCCCUCUGCAAGGGCGAAACCGCUGGAAAGGGAGACGCCACGAUUAACGCUCGUCGCCUUGCCGCAUCAGGCGGUGAAAGCAACUCUCCAACUCACUUCAACGUCUUGGACUCCUCUACGACGGCGGGAAAAACAGGGCUCGAUGCUGCCCAGGUGGUGAAUGGACUGCCGCAGGCUGCCCUCGCCUCGAUCCUCAGGGUUUACGGCGAGGAGUCACUGGCUGGACCCAUCGCGUCUUGCAUUGUGCGGCACCGGGAGGCUCAUGGCACGCUGAGGACGACGGAGGAUCUACGAAAGAUCGUGGAAGGCUGCUGUCGGUAUCGAAACCCGAAGUUCGUCGUCAAGACAUGCUCGAGAGUGUUCCAGGCUCUCAGGAUAUACGUCAACCGGGAGAUGGAAGCUCUGGAAAAACUGCUGACGCAUGCGGAGCAUCUCCUCAAGCCCGGCGGUCGCUUGGUCAUCCUUUCCUACCACUCUCUAGAGGACCGGAUUAUCAAGAACCGGCUGAAGCAAGGCCGCCAGGAAGCGGGUUGCUCUGCCGCGGACUUCGGCCGAGAGGCGCCUCUUUCCGCGCUCCCACUGGAAAGGCCAAACAUGGCAAGGAUUGCCGGGCGCGAACGAAAUGCACACGUGCAUCAGGAUCUGCCGCCGCUGCUGGAGACUUUUCUAUCAAGUGUUCACUGCUCGCAAGAAGUAGCGAAGCUCGGAAACGCACUCAAUCUCCACGACACCCGCCGGGCCCUCUUCGGCUCACCUGACCGAAAAAACAAGAGCGAAGGCAAGUUGUGGCGUUUGGUGUUGAAGAAACCAGUGCGUGCAAAGGACGACGAGGUGCUUCGCAAUCGGCGGUGA